AUGAAGGAGGAGACCGAUGUCACCAGCUUUUCAUUAACUACAGUUCAUUUUAAGAGUGAGGAUGAUGAAGAGAAACCUCUGUUCUCACAGCUUCAUCAACACCAAUUUGAAGUCAGUGAUCUUCCAACCAGCAGCUCAGGUGACCACAUAGAAUCAUCAACUGGUGAAGGAGAAAAAGAUUCAAAAUACCCAGAUCUAAAUGCUUAUAGAGAUUCUGAUUCUUCAGAAACUGAAGUUAGUGAAGAUGACGAAGAGGAUAAUGAUGUGAACAAUCCUGAGUCUCAGAUGAAACUUUUGUCAGACUCUGGGUCAAAAUCUGAAGACACUGAUAAAGAAUGGGAGUCUUCUCCCUGCUGGGUCACUGAGUCAAUUGUGAACAGGGUCCACAACAAAAAUGGACUGAAGAAAUUUUGUUGUGAUGUUUGUGGGCGAAGGUUCAGUUUUAAGGGACAUUUAAAUAGUCACAUAAGAAUCCACACAGGACAGAAGCCAUUUUCUUGUGAUCUGUGUGAACGAAAGUUUAACGAAAAGGGAGUUUUAAACAGACACAUGAAAAUCCACACAGGACAGAAGCCCUAUUCUUGUGAUCUGUGUGAAAAAAGAUUUAGCGAGAAGGGUGAUUUAAAGAGACACAUGAUGAUCCACACAGGACAGAAGCCAUUUUGUUGUGAUCUGUGUGAAAAAAGGUUUACUGAAAAGAGUAAUCUAAAAAAACACGUGAAAAUCCACACAGGACAGAAGCCAUUUUGUUGCCAUUUAUGUGGCCGACGGUUUACAAGAAGAGACAGUUUAAACGGACACAUGAAAAUCCACACAGAACAGAAACCCUUUUCUUGUGAUAUGUGUGAGAAAAGGUUUACUGAAAAGAGUAAUUUAAACAGACACAUGAAAAUCCACACAGGACAGAAGCCAUUUUGUUGUGAUCAGUGUAGUCAAAAGUUUACCGAAAAGGGCAGUUUAAAGAAACAUAUGAUGAUCCACACAGGACAGAAGCCAUUUUCUUGUCAUUUGUGUGAACAAAAAUUUUCCCUAAAAGGCUAUUUAAAUGCACACCUGAGAAUCCACACCGGACAGAAGCCUUUUUGUUGUGAUUUUUGUGACCGAAUGUUUACCAGUAAGGCCAAUUUAAACAAUCACAUGGGUAUCCACACUGGGGGGGAACUAAUUUGAAAGAACUCCUAGGCAAGAAGCCGCACACACACCGGUACUAAUAUAUUUAAAUUAAUUUUUUUGCAUGCCUGAAUCUGAUAAUGGACAACAUAAUUUCACUAGUUUUGUCUGAGAAACAUUUGUCUGUCUCCAACACUCAUAAAAAUGUAUUUACACUCAACUGUUAUGCUUUUUCCUUGUUAAGUACAUAGCAUACAGACUGCAGUUGUAAUACUCUAAGAUUCUUCAGUGUAAAUGUAUAAUGCUGAAUAAAUAUCUAAAUAAAUUAU